AAAUCGGCCUCUUAUGAAAUGUGAUCGGAGGCGGGGACGGAGUGAGAGCUGAACUGAGAUGUCUUAAUCUCGUGCGCUCACAAUCGUGAACCACGCCGUCCUCACACUAUAAGUGUGACAACAGAUCCUGUUGUUUCGCUCUCCCCUUCUUCACCUAAGCCAUCACCAAACUCUCUAUACACCUUCGCCCCCGGGCCGCUAAUCUCUAGAACUCGUUACAAACAUGCGUACGUCGUUGACUUCGCUCGCACUCCUUUCCAAGCUGUUCACUGUGGCCCUUUCGGCCGACGUGGGCGCUUGGAAAAGCAGGAAUAUCUACUUUGCGCUCACAGACCGCGUGGCCCGCAGCAGCGAUGACACUGGAGGCAAUGCAUGUGGCGACCUUUCGGCUUACUGCGGCGGCACUUUCAAGGGCCUCCAAUCGAAGCUCGACUACAUUGCGGGCAUGGGUUUUGAUGCUAUUUGGAUUACACCUGUAGUUACCAAUAGCGACGGGGGUUACCAUGGAUACUGGGCGAUUGAUCUAUACGGUAUCAAUACGAACUACGGAACGGCGGACGACCUCAAAGCUCUUGUUAGCGCCGCACAUGAAAAGGGCAUCUACAUCAUGGUCGAUGUGGUCGCAAACCACGUAGGCCCGUCCAACCUUGCGGACCGCAAGCCGGAGCCACUGAACCAGGCCAGCUCCUAUCACUCGCAAUGCGAAAUUAACUAUUCUGACCAGAAUAGCGUGGAGAACUGCUGGAUUGCUGACCUGCCCGACUUGAACACUCAGAACACCGACGUUCGGUCAGUCUACCGGGAUUGGAUCAAAUAUCUCGUAUCGGAGUAUGACUUUGAUGGUGUUCGCAUCGAUACGGUGAAGCACGUCGAAAAAGACUACUGGCCGGGAUUCUCCGAGGCUGCCGGAGUCUACACGAUCGGCGAGGUCUUUGACGGAGACCCGAGCUACGUUUCGGGCUAUGCCAGUCUGAUGGGCGGGUUGCUGAAUUACCCUAUGUAUUACCCAAUGAACAACUUUUACCAGCAGAAGGGUUCUAGCCAGGCGAUUGUCGACAUGUACGACCAGAUCAGCUCCAAGUUCCCUGAUCCCACCGCUCUGGGCUCGUUCCUUGACAACCACGACAAUGCACGGUGGCUGAACACGAAGAACGACCUCGCUCUUCUCAAGAACGCCCUCGCCUACGUCAUCCUUGCUAGAGGUAUUCCGAUUGUAUACUACGGCACGGAGCAGGCAUACGCUGGUGGCAACGACCCCGCCAACCGUGAAGAUCUCUGGCGCAGCAACUUCAACACGGAUGCUGAAAUCUACAAAGCCAUUUCCAAGUUGUCUGCCGCUAGGAAAGCGGCUGGCGGUCUAGCUGGUAACGAUCAGACUCACCUAUAUGUUGCGGAUACUGCUUAUGCCUGGGGCCGCGCCGGUGGUGACCUGAUUGUCCUGACGACGAACAGCGGAUCUGGCUCAAGCGGACAGCACUGCUUUAACACACAGGCACCCAACAAAUCGUGGAAUAACACUUUUGGCUCCGGAUCCUAUACCGCGGACGGAAACGGACAAGUGUGUAUUAACGUUACCAACGGCGAGCCGGUCGUCUUGGUCGCGUCUUAAAAAAAAAAAGUGUAUUGCGCGAAACGAGUCGGGGCAAGUCGAUCUUGCCGAAACCCCACAUGCAGAACGCCGAGGGUGGCGUAGAGACGAAAUGGUAACGGUGGCAUGUUUUAAUGAUGAGGAUUUAGUUUGAGAUAAAUAACAAAGCUGAAAAUACCACAUACAUGUACAUAUAAGGUAUUAAUAGUAAAUAGUUACCUAAACUGAAUCAAAUCUUACAUAUCAGCAUA